AUGCGGUACCUUCAGACAGGCUACCAGGCAGCCCUGGUUGCCGCCAUCAGCGGCUUGACUGCGGCGUCCAGCUUCCAGAAUGGAUCCUACGACUACAUCGUUGUCGGCGGUGGUCCGGCCGGUAUCAUCACUGCCGAGCGCUUCACCGAGGCUGGCAAGAAGGUUCUCCUGCUUGAGCGUGGUGUUGGUCCGACGGUUGCCACCGGCGCCAACGAGACUCUGCCCUGGAACCACGAUCUGACGGCCGUCGACCUCCCCGGGAUGUCCGCCGACAUUGGAAACACGGAUGCGUGGACCAACUACAUUUGCACCGACACCGAAGGAACUGCUGCCUGCGUGUUGGGUGGCGGAGUGACGUUGAACUACAUGGUCUUCGUGCACCCUCCCGAUCACGACUUCGACGACAACAACAACUGGCCCUCUGGAUGGAAGUCGAACGACCUCAAGCCUGCGUCCGAGCGCCUGUACCAGCGAAACCCCGGUACUAUCCUGCCUUCGGCUGAUGGCAAGCGCUACGACCAGGGUCUCUACAACGUCCUGUCCAACUUCUUCAGCAACCUCGGCUGGAAGGCCGUCAACAUGAUCACGCAGCCCAACGAGAAGCACCAGGCCUACAGCUACCCUUCGUGGAACAUCAAGGACCAGAAGCGUGCUGGCCCCGUCCGUACCUAUCUACCUCUGGCCCAGAAGAGCGAGAACUUCUCCCUGCGCCUGGGCACCAAGGUGCUUCGUGUCGUACGCGACGGCAGCCGUGUCACCGGUGUCGAAGUGCAGACUUCCUCCGGCAAGACCGAAAUCGUCACUCUCGCUGCUAAUGGCCGUGUCGUGCUUGCUGCCGGUGCUCUGUCUACUCCUCGCGUUCUCUUCAACUCCGGAAUCGGCCCCAAGAAGCAGAUCGAGACCGCGCAGAAGAGCGGCAUCUCCGUGCCCUCCGAGAACCAAUGGCUCGAGCUGCCCGUGGGCGUCGGUCUCCGCGACCACCCCAUCUUCUCCAUCGUCGUGCAGACCAACGGCUCUUUCGGCGUCCCUGACUACGAUCGAAUCCUGAACGGCACCGACCGGAAAGACAUCGCGCUGUACCGCCAAGGCAGCGGCCUCCUCACCCAGGGCAAGCACCGCAUGAUCUUCUUCACCUCGAACGAAGUCAACGGCAAGACCGUCUACUACCAGGGCUCCUGCGCCCCUGACGCCAACUCCGUCCUCGGCAUUACCGCCUACAUGACCCACGGCGCCACCUCCACCGGUGUCCUGGGUAUCGACUCCACCCAGAAGACGGUCAUCGAGCAGUCUCCGUACCUGCAGACCGACGCCGACAAGCAGGCUGCCAGCGUCUUUGUCAAGCAGAUGAUUCGCGACAUCACGGCCCCUGGAACCGGUCUCAAGCUGACCACUAACCUCAACGAGUCUGCGAUCAUCGACUCCAUGACUCCGGGUAUUCAUUACACCAGCACCGCUAAGAUGGGCACCGAUAGUGGUCUGAACGGUGGUUCGUCGGUUGUGGAUACUAACACUAAGGUCUACGGCAUGGAUAAUUUGUACGUCGUCGAUGGCAGUAUCCACCCUGACCUGCCGACUGGUAACAUCCAGAGCACUAUCAUGAUUGUUGCCGAGGCGGCUGCUGCGCGUAUCCUUGGCCAGGAUGCCCAUGCCUCGCACCAGGGCAAGGGCAAUGCGACUGCUUGCCCUUUCGCCUAA